UUCAUCACACUGUGUAUGUGUGUUACAGUUCUCUCAGAUUUGGGAAGAUGGCUGAUUUGGAGGCAGACGGGGACAGAUCAGAGUCUCCAGUGUCCAGCUGUCAGCUGUCUUUGAAGAGUGACCGGUCCAUGUAUGAACCUCUAAACUUCAGUAAUGAACCUGGACCCUCAGACACAAAACAGAGAGCAGAGUCUCCAGUAUCCAGCUGUCAGCUGUCUAUGAAGAGUGACCGGUCCAGAGAUUUUCCUCCAGUCUUCAGUAAUGAACCUGGACCCUCAGACACAAAACAGAGAGCAGAGUCUCCAGUAUCCAGCUGUCUGUCUAUGAAGAGUGACCGGUCCAGAGAUUUUCCUCCAGUCUUCAGUGAUGAACCUGGACCCUCAGACACAAAAGAGAAGAAGAGGAGUCAUGUUUCUGUGGAGGAGCAGCCGUCCUGCUGUAGUUUGUGUCAGGACGUCCUGAAGGAUCCAGUCUCUACCAGCUGUGGACACUGGUUCUGCAGACAGUGCAUCAGCUCAUACUGGGACCAGUCUGCUUCAUCAGGAGACUCCUCCUGUCCCCAGUGUGGAGAAAGAUCCAGAACAAGAGCUGGACUGCAGACAGCCAGUCAGACCAGCACUGUACAAACAGACAGUGGUCUGCAGGAGGUUUUAGAUGAACAUAAGAUCAGUGUGAGGAGGAGAUGUGAACGUGUGACUGAAGGAAGUGAUGAAACAGGAAGUGAAACCCUCCUCAACAGGAUCUACACUGAGCUCUACAUCACAGAGGGACAGAGUGAAGAGGUUAAUACCCAACAUGAGGUGAAGCAGCUUGAGAGAGCUUCUAAGAUGAAGACCCUCCAUGAAACUCCAAUCAAGUGUCAGCACAUCUUUAAAGCCUUACCUGACCAACAGAAACACAUCAGAGUGGUUCUGACCAACGGCGUCGCUGGUGUUGGAAAAACCUUCACAGUGCAGAAGUUCACUCUGGACUGGGCCGAGGGUUUGGAAAACCAAGAUGUCAGUCUGGUGAUUCUGCUUUCGUUCAGGGAGCUGAACUUGAUCAGAGAUGAGAAGUUCAGUCUUCUCACUCUGCUCCGUGUUUUCCAUCCAACAUUACAGAAGGUCACAGCAGAGGAGCUCGCUGUCUGUAAAGUUCUGUUCAUCUUUGACGGCCUGGAUGAAAGCAGACUGGCUCUGGAUUUCCACAACAAUGAGGUUGUGACUGAUGUCACACAGAAGUCAUCAGUCAACGUGCUGUUGACAAACCUCAUCAAGGGGAAGCUGCUUCCCUCGGCUCUGGUCUGGAUAACUUCCCGACCUGCAGCAGCCAAUCAGAUCCCUCCUGCAUGUGUUGACAGGGUAACAGAAGUACGAGGCUUCACUGACGCCCAGAAGGAGGAGUACUUCAGGAGGAGAGUCAGUGAUGAAGAGCGGUCCAGCAGAAUCAUCUCACACAUGAAGACAUCCAGGAGCCUCCACAUCAUGUGUCUAAUCCCAGUCUUCUGCUGGAUCACUGCUACAGUUCUGGAUCACAUGUUGACUACAGAGCAGAGAGGAGAGCUGCCCAAGACCCUGACUGACCUGUACUCACACUUCCUGCUGGUUCAGACAAAGAGGAAGAAGCACAAGUAUGAUGAGGGACAUGAGACCAGUCCACAGGAGCUGACGGAGGCUGACAGGGACGUUCUUCUGAAGCUGGGGAGGCUGGCGUUUGAACAUCUGGAGAAAGGAAACAUCAUGUUCUACCAAGAAGACCUGGAGCGCUGUGGUCUUGAUGUCACAGAGGCCUCGGUGUACUCAGGAGUUUGUACAGAGAUCUUCAAAAGAGAGUCUGUGAUCUUCCAGAAAACAGUCUACUGCUUCGUUCAUCUGAGCGUUCAGGAGUUUCUGGCUGCAGUCUACCUGUUCCACUGUUUCACCAACAGGAACACAAAGGUACUGGAGGACUUCCUGGGGACAGACCAGGAUAAUUACAGAUCCCUGGAUGUCUUCUUACAGAGAGCCAUGGAGAAAUCCCUCCAAAGUAAAAAUGGUCACCUGGAUCUGUUUGUCCGCUUCCUUCAUGGCCUCUCUCUGGAGUCCAACCAGAGACUGUUAGGAGGCCUUUUGGGUCGGACAGACAACAGUCCAGAAAUCAUCCAGAGAGCCAUCAACAACCUGAAGGAGAUGAACACGUACGAUAUCUCUCCUGACAGAAGCAUCAACAUCUUCCACUGUCUGCUGGAGAUGAACGACCUCUCAAUACAUCAGGAGAUCCAAGAGUUCCUGAAGUCAGAGAACAGAUCAGAGAAGAAACUCUCAGAGAUCCACUGCUCAGCUCUGGCCUACAUGCUGCAGAUGUCAGAGGAGGUUCUGGAUGAGUUUGACGUGCAUAAAUACAAGACGACACGGGAGGGACGACGGAGACUGAUUCCAGCUGUGAGGAACUGCAGAAAGGCUCGAUUUACUGUAUGUGGACUCUCAGAGACUCACUGUGAAGUCGUGGCCUCAGCUCUGAAGUCCAACCCCUCCCAUCUGAGAGAGCUGGACCUGAGUGUCAUCAACAACCUGCAGGACUCAGCAGUGAAGCAGCUGUGUGCUGGACUGGAGAGUCCAAACUGUAGACUGGAGACUCUGAGACUGAGUCGGUGCGGUUUGUCAGAGAUCAGCUGUGUUUCACUGGCCUCAGCCCUGAAGUCCAACCCCUCCCAUCUGAGAGAGCUGGACCUGAGCUACAACAAGCUGCAGGAUUCAGGAGUGAAGCAGCUGUGUGAUUUUCUGGAGAGUCCACACUGUAGACUGGAGACUGUGAGACUGAGUCGCUGCAGUUUGUCAGAGAUCAGCUGUGUUUCACUGGCCUCAGCCCUGAAGUCCAACCCCUCCCAUCUGAGAGAGCUGGACCUGAGUGACAACAAGCUGCAGGAUUCAGAUGUGAAGCUGCUGUUUGAUCUGAAGGAGAGUCCACACUGUAAACUGGAGACUCUGGAAUGGAGGCCAUGAGAGGAUCAGCUGUGUCCUGAUGAUCCAGAGGGAGACUCUGACUGGACCAUGUUACUGGGAGGUAGAGUGGAGAGGAGAGCUUCAUCCAGUAGUGACUGACAGGAAUCACAGGUGGAGAUGACUCUCAGUGCUGCAGCCUGAACUGCUCUGAGAUCAGCUCCACUGUCAGACACAAUGCGAAGUCCACCAUCAUCCCUGUGUGUUCCUCUGGAUCUGACAGUAUCAUCAUCAGUGUAUCAAUGACUGCUCUGUCCUUCUCCACUGAAACUCCUCCACUCCUCCUGCUCUGCACUCAACCACCUCCUCCACCCUUCACCUGGACGUCACCUGAAUCUGACUGCAGAUUUUUACUCUUCAUGACGACAGGGGUCAGACUGGGAACAAAAUUCGGCCCUGGCAUUUUUUAUCUGGAUGUUCCACCUUUUGCAGUUUUCUCCUUUAACAAUUUCAUUUAUAUUUUAGACUCAGCUCUGCUCUUUCUGUCUUUAUUUCAUUUGUUUCUUUCUGCUUCACUUCUGACAUCACAUGGACAGAACCACUUGAAAGGGGUGGGGGGAGAUGACAACAGUCCGUACCACUGCACCUGCCUUUCAGAAUAGGUAGUGUGCUUUUGAGUUGUGUAACCUCUGAUCAGAUGAGCUGUUCCAACAUCAAGUCAGCCAAAACCAGCAGGUCCAUUUUUUUCCCUACAAUGUUUUUCCCCACUUUGCUGGUGGUCCAGUUCAUUUGGCGUUUGCCAGAAUUGCCAGAUUACCAGUCCGAGCCUGUCUCCACCCUGUUAGUCUGGCUCUCUGGAUGUGGACUGUGGCUAUCAGCCUGCCACGGGGCCGCUGAUUACAGCCGUCAUUCUCCCUUCCUUUAAUUAUCUGCGUGUUAGUGUUUCCAAAUCCCCUUCACUACAGGAAACAACAACCUGCGAGCUAACAACUUACACACUGAAGAUGGCGAGUUGUGUCAAAGAUUUGGAUCAGCGAUUUGGAAGGCGUGUCUGCUUUGUUGUUUCAGGGAAUUGUUUUAAAAAUCUGCAACAAAUCAAACAACUUGUGAACGCACCUCAGAAAAGCCCCGACUCCGUCUUGCAGGACUAUCAUCAUAGGCGGCACUGGGGGGAGCUUGGAGGUACUUCAGCUCCCCCAAAGAAGCCCAUACGAAAAUGCUCAAACAAAAUUUAUUUUUUUCACUGUCACUGAAUAAAAUUGCUUUUGUUCAAUUGUGUGACAUUAUCUGGUAAGUGUAUCUAGGUUAGUGUGGGCUCUUUCAGGGCCAAGGACAGUGUCUGUGACCAGCCACACUGUGUGGUCCCUCUAAUUCCACAGUGUGCACAAUUUUUUGUUGAUUUGGACUCUGCAUGCAUAUAUUGGUAGGCUAUAUCCACAACUCCUUAGCACCUCCAAUUAAUAGUCAAGCUCCCCCCCAGCACCUCCAGUAAAAAUCGACAUUGCCGCCACCACUGACUAUCAUGCCUGAUGUCAAUCUGUUUUCUGACUCGGCCAGUCAGAGUUGAUAUGUCACAUCUUGUAACUCUGGUAGCAGCAUGCUCCAGUCAUCUGUGGUUUUAACCGCUGAGCUCCUCCAGAGCUGAAUAUCAUCAGGCUUCACCUCCACAGCUCUUAUUCUUAUUCUUGUCUUUAUUCUCUGGAUGUAUAUAUUGUAGUAACCGUUAUAGCACAAUACAUAUUUUAUAUUUCUGAAUGUAACAGUAGUUUAUACAGUGUAAUGUAGCACAGUGCACAUAUCUGUAUAUUUUUACACACUUACAGACUCAGCACACUGAAGAUAUUUUAUUCUUACUAUCUUAAGUACUAGUGUUAAACAUUGUUAUUUCUAUUCUAUUGAAUUGUAUUACUUUACAUUCAAAUACUUCUAUUUCAUACUCCUAUUUUACUUAUAAUUCUUUAGUCUUUACAUCACGAGUGGCUGUAACGAAUCACAAUUUCUCCUCGGGGAUCAAUAAAGUAUUUCUGAUUCUGAAAGUUGAAUCACACAGUGACAUACGACCGUUAAUAAGGAUCGGAGGCCCCACGUUAUGAUAUGAUCAAGAUAUAAUAUUAUUGCCAUUUUAAAUGUUUUGCGAUAUGCUGAGUAUUAUGAUAAGAUAUACUUAUAUACUUAUACUUACAUAUACUUAUACUUAUAUACUAUACUUAUAUAUAAAUAUAGUGGAGUAAAAAGUCCAAUAUUUCCCUCUGAGAUGUAGUGGCGUAAAAAGUGGCCUAUAAAGUAUCAGAAAAUGGAAAUACUCAAGUAAAGUAGGCGAGAAGUAGUGAUGACCAAAUGAAGCCUCAUGAAUCUUUGUCUUUAUCUUCUGAGCCCACUAGAUGGCGCUCUCUGUUCAACAAAGGGUUACAGGCACACUGGACUGUCUGUCCUUGAGCUGUUUUCUUUAAACCAAGAGCACCAUCUAGUGGGCUCAGAAAAUAAAUCAUUACAUUUCAAAAACUCAGGUUUUUGAUGAGCUUUACUUUAAUAUUUAAAUCUAACAGUGCUUUGUUCCCUCAUCUUGAGUCAUCUGAUCAUUUGAGUCUGAUUUUGAAUGUUUGUAUGGAGUUGAUCAAUAUUUAAUAAAGCAGAUAUUUCCAUGA